CCGACCUGACCUCUUUUACUCCAUCCGAACGAACCAUCUCCUCCAAAUCCCGCCUCUUCUCCCUUUUCAGCCUCGACUGAAUUUCUUCCUCUCGCCUGCCUGCAUAACACAACCAUCAACACCAACACUACCGAUACUCUUCUACACAUCACCGUGGCCUCCUACGCCUCGGACCGAACCUUGACAGCGAUCGCGAACUCCUCGCACCACACCUCUUAGAUACCCCCUCCUCAAAUCACAAAAUGGCUCUCAAGCGCAUCAACAAGGAGCUCACUGAUCUCGGCCGAGACCCUCCCUCUUCCUGCUCCGCCGGCCCCGUUGGUGAGGAUCUGUUCCACUGGCAAGCUACGAUUAUGGGUCCUAGCGAGUCCCCAUACUCCGGCGGUGUCUUCUUCCUCGCCAUCCACUUCCCUACCGACUACCCCUUCAAGCCUCCCAAGGUCAACUUCACCACCCGCAUCUACCACCCCAACAUCAACUCCAACGGCAGCAUCUGCUUGGACAUUCUGCGCGACCAGUGGAGCCCCGCGUUGACCAUUAGCAAAGUUCUUCUGUCUAUCUGCUCGAUGCUGACGGACCCCAACCCUGACGAUCCUUUGGUGCCCGAGAUCGCCCACGUCUACAAGACCGACCGGCCCCGAUACGAGGCCACCGCCCGGGAGUGGACUCGGAAGUAUGCGAUUUAACGCGAGCAAGGAGAACCGGGGCGGUUAGACCUGGGAUGGAUUGCCCUCCCUGUCAUGAAGGCAAUGUGCAACGAUCGAAUGAAAGCUUCGCAUGCGGUUGCGACAUGUCCUUGGUCCGUGGUAUCCUGGCGGGCGCUGUGCCCUGAAUCAGCGCCUAGGUCACGAUUGGCGAGGCAGAGAGCGACGAUGAGGAGUGAAUUAGUGACGAUUGAGGGGAGGAAAGACAAACCAGACAAACAGAUCAGCUAGUAAGGGAUAUCAUGCGGCUGGAUUUUGGGUUUGCAUUGACGACGUGUUUUUGACAUCCAGAAAUAGGCAGCGUGUACACUUUGUCUCUAAAUGUGGAUUUCUCUGUGAUGUGUGUGAUGUUUG